AUGGUAGGUGCUGCGUCACUCAAUCCCGUUCAACCAGCCGUGAACCUAGUACUGGACUCGGGGAGCACGACACCUGCACCGGAUCCUGAAAAGCCUAGUCAGUCAGCUUCAAAUGAGAGGGAGGCUCCAGAAAGGAUCAACAAGGUUGAGGGGUAUGGAGCGGCUGGAGUCGAGAAGGCCGAAGCUGCAGCCCUUGUCUGGAGCAAAACUGCUCUGUGGGCGAUUUAUGCCUGGAUUUGGGUAUCCUUUUUCAUGUUGGCGUUCCAUUCUUCGAUCGGCACCAACGUCCUCGUGAACGCAUACGCAAAUUUCAAGACCGCUCCCGAGAUUUCGACGGCGGCCAUCUUAGCCACGGUGGUCGGGGGAGUGGUGAAGCUACCCAUUGCCAAAAUCCUGAAUAUCUGGGGACGAGCCGAGGGCAUGCUGGCCUUUACGGGCUUGUUCCUGCUGGGUAUUAUCAUCCUGGCAUCCUGCCGUGGCCCGAGUGGGUAUGCCGCUGGAUAUGUGCUUUACUGGGUUGGCUACAAUGCCAUCUACCUCAUUCUGGAUGUUUUCAUCGCCGACACGUCUGGGCUUCGAAAUCGGGCCUUUGCCUUUGCCUUCUCGAGUACCCCCUUCAUCUGCACAGCGUUCACCGGCCCAUUGGCCGCCCAAUCCUUCUUGAACAUGACCACAUGGCGGUGGGCAUAUGGCGCUUUCGCGAUCAUCUUUCCCAUCGUCCUGCUGCCCCUCGCUAUCGCUUUCAAGCUUUACGAACUCAAGGCGAGAAAGCUGGGUUUAUAUCAACCGAACGGCCCCGGCCGUACCUGGGCGCAAUCACUUCAACAUUAUCUCCACGAGUUCGACGUCGUCGGUGCGCUUCUCUUGAUGGGCACGUUUAUUCUUCUCCUGCUUCCCUUCAGUCUCGCCGUCUACGGACGGGCCCAAUACCAAUCAGCGACCUUCAUUGCCAUGCUGGUGAUCGGCUUCUGUCUCUUUUUCGUCUUCAUUGCCUGGGAACGAUUCUUCGCCCGCCAGCAAUUCAUCCGGUAUGAUCUGCUCAAACAGCGAACCGUCCUCGGAGCAUGUGUCCUCUCGGCAGUACUCAACCUGGGCUACGCGGUCUGGGACCUCUAUUUCCUCAACUUCUGCAUGGUGGUGUACGACCUCAGCGUCUCAAACGCAGGGUACAUGAAUCAGAUCUAUAACGUGGGGUCGUGCUUCUGGGCACCCUUGUUUGGGAUCUACAUUCGCCAGACGAAGCACUUCAAGCACGCGUGCCUCUUCUUUGGACUACCCUUGAUGCUUCUCGGUUCCGGUCUGAUGAUCCAUUUCCGCGGGGAGCACGACCAUAUCGGAUAUCUCGUCAUGUGUCAGAUCUUCAUUGCCGUUGCUGGUGGUACUCUGGUGAUUGGGCAAGAUAUGGCGGUGAUGAGCGCCGCCGAUCAUGACGGCGUGCCCAUGAUGCUCUCCAUCCUCGGGCUUUUUGCGAGUCUUGGGGGUGCGGCAGGGAACGCGAUUGCUUCUGCGAUCUAUACAAAUGUGUUCCCGAGCCGAUUGCGACAGAAUCUUCCAGCUGAGGUGAAGGACGACUGGGCUGAGAUCUAUGUCGGUGGCUAUCUCACGCAGAUGGCCUAUCCAUUGGGCUCGGAAGUUCGAACCGCCAUCAACCACGCGUGGGGGGACAGCCAAAAGUAUAGUUGUAUCGCGACAACCGCGGUUAUCGCUCUCGGGGUUCCGUGUAUAGCGGUCUGGAAGAACUUGGCUGUGGAUCGGAAGCAGAACCAGGGAGUCAUGCUGUAA